UGCAUUUUGCAUAUUGCAUCACUUUAAAUUUUUUAGCAUAUGCCUCAAAAUGGAAAAGCAUCACUUAAUAUUGGGACAGUGAAAUUUACACUAUUACUAAAUGUGGAAAAAAGGAAGUGGAAGAUGUGAGUAAGCGAAGGAAUUAGCCAGCUCUACUUAGUGAAGGUGACUUAUAUGAAUAUUAAUAAACGUAAUGUGGCUUUGCCUCUGUAAGUCAGCCGGUGAGAACGCGACCGCUGACGUAAUAAAGUGGGCGACAGUCAGGUGCGGAAUCUUCAAACGUGGCUCAUGAAUAUUAAUUAGGGUAUGCACACGUUUAAAGAUGACGCAAUAAAUAUUCAUCAUGGUUUGUGACGACUGUGGUGGUGACACAAAGACCACUAUUAUCACGAAGUAUAACGGCCACAAGCAGGAAAUUCCCGCAUUCAAGGACAACGUAAAAUAAUAUCAGAGCUGAUUAAAGAGCAAAGAAGGAAGGAAAAAAAGCCAAGAAGAACAAUACAAUAAAGUUAGUUUCUGAAAAUGUCUGGAGCGGAGUUUGAUACUGAGUUUCUUUAUAUCCUACCCGCGUCUGUUAUGAAUGACUUCACACGGUUUAUGGACUCACUCUCACGCUCAGAUUGGAUAUUAUUCGCUUCACAGGUAAUAUCAGACCAGACCGAACUACGCCUUUUGGAGCAAAGCCCCAGACGGACAGACGACCUCAUGCACAAAUGGGGCUCUCGCAACGGGACGGUCGGAGAACUGCUGAAGAUUCUUGAGGGCUUGCAAUUGUUUAGGGCCCGUGAUAUCAUCCUUAAAUACAGAUGUAUACCGCAGUUGUGCUCAGAGCAGCCUUCAACCGUGCCACCAGUCCCUGCAUGUCAAAGCAGUACAGUCACCUUUGUCAAAGAGUCUCUCCCUGUGCCCGAAGUCAGGCCUCUACCCAAGCCUAGCCCCCCACCGCCUGAUCUGGACUCUGUGAAUUCAAGAAUCUCCAAUAUAGAGAGCCUGUUUGAGAACAGCGUGGAUCCCCCACCUUUUUCCUCCACUGCGAUGAGCUGGCCGUUUGAAGAAGUACAGAGAUGCACAUGCAACUUUUCCCCGUGCAAGCAUAUUGGAGAAGGAGGUUUCGGACACGUGUAUAAAGCUGUGAUGAGAAACACAGAGUUUGCUGUGAAGAAGCUGAAAGAAGACUCCCAUUUGGACUGGAAUGUCGUGAAGGAAAGUUUCAGGACGGAAGUAGAAAAGUUAUCACAAUACAGACAUCCCAACAUAAUGGACCUUGCUGGAUACAGUAUAGAAGGACAAACUUAUUGUUUAAUAUAUGCUUAUAUGCCAAACGGCUCUUUGGAGGACCAGCUUCGAUGUGAGGACAGUAACGCCCUCUCUUGGUCACAACGUGUAAAUGUGUUGCUGGGCACUGCCAAAGCUAUUCAGUACCUGCAUUCAUGCUCACCUGCACUCAUUCAUGGAGAUAUCAAGAGCUCUAACAUCCUUUUAGGGAAUCACUUGGAGCCCAAGCUAGGGGACUUUGGAUUGGCACGUUUAUGCCGGAACCCCAACAAAGCCCCAGGCAAGACGUCCACCGUGGCUAAAACCGCUACGGUCCGGGGAACUCUUGCAUACCUCCCAGAAGAAUACCUGAAGGAUGGACAGCUUGGAGUGGAGAUCGACGUCUACAGCUUUGGAGUGGUCAUGCUAGAGGUGCUUACUGGGCGGAAGGCUCUGGAGGUCGAUGCCCAAUCCAGAACGGUUUACUUGAAAGAUUUAGUAAAAGAGGAGGAAGAUGAUGGAAGAAGCUUCAGCAAAGGGAAGCACUCGCGGGAGCUGUCCUAUGCUCGUGCAGCGGAGAACAUCUGCAGGAAACAUCUGGAUCCUCGACUGAAGUCUAAAGACAACCCUACCCCGCAUGGAUCGAUGGAAAUCUCUCAGCUGGCGUGCCAGUGUUUAGACCGACGACGGAAGAAGAGACCUCGCAUGACGGAAGUGUUCAAAGCACUUCAAGAUGUGCAUUCAGAGUUGAAGACCUUUGGCAGAUCGACCACGGUCAGAAUGUCUCCCGUAUCAUCUCAUCCAUCCACCCCUGAGCCUCUGUGCUCCGACAGCAGCUCCCUGGACUCUCUCGCCCAUCAGUUCUCCAAACUCCACCCUCAAGAGAGCACAUACCCCUGCCUUCACAAGACUGUCUAUCCCACCGAGACUCUGUCUAGCUACUCAGAGUCAGAGUUGAAUGCUGAAUCAUGGGCUUCACAGUCCUCUGGCAUGCCGUGUGAAUCGGAUGAGAGUCAAGGCUUUUCUCAGUACUUGACGAGUCACUGUAGCAGAGCUCAGGAGACGUCGUGUGGGGCCUGCAGCAUUCAGAACACCAAAACAAGUGGUUCUUUAGUGGAAAGCCCUUCACAAUCCAGUACGAGUAAAGAUUUUUCUGACCAGAGAGUGUUUAUCAAUCCUACGAGGCAGCAACUGGUCCAAAAAAUUGAGCUUUAUGAAGAGGGAAGGAUUUUAACUUCUGAUCUGUUGUCAUCAGGCACCUCAUUAUACCGAGGGAUGAAUGCUGAAACGAGGGAGCCAGAAGAGAGUGAUGAGUUUGCAUGUGAGACAUCUGGAAUCAACAUGCAGUUGCCUGCUGCAGUUUAGCACUGGAUGUUUGGGACCAAGCAAAUAUGUUGUUCAAAUAUUACAUGAAAUUAUGGUUAUGGUAGAGAAAAUGCCUCCAUAAAUACUUCUGCCAAAGCUGCAGAUGUAUAAAAAGUGGUAUAGAUGAUGAAAGCUGUGUAGUUAUGAACCUGUGAAUCUUGACUGACAAGCCAAAGAAAUAUAAAAGUGCAUAAUUUUUUGUUAUACUCCUGAUGUUUUGGCGACCAAAUGUCUGCUUGUUGUUGUUUUUUAUAACAUAGUCAAGCUUUUGGAUUAUGGACAACACACCUACAUGUAUGAGAGUACUGUUUAACAUGACUAAUCUGUCUCUAUGGUUCUAACUGGUGAUUAUGUCAUAUAAAUUAAACAUUUAGUCUGUGCAAUUUUCAUUAUGUAGCAGCAAUUUUACAGAUUUCUACAAUCAGCCCUUUACUUUUUAACUAUAUAGACUGACACUGUAAUAGAAUAACUUGAAAACUUGUUAUCAGAUUCAACUAUUUAAUCUGCUCUGGUUUUGGUCAUUUGUUUGUGUGAAUGAAAUUCAACUCUUGUUUAUUGGCAGUGGAGUGUUUUAUAAGCAUAUAAUAUUUACGUGAAUUAUAUGAUUACCAGAGAGUUAUUUCAUGCAGAGACUAUGAAUGGAGAUGGAAGAAACUGCAAUAUUAACCAUGGAUUAUGUUACAUAAUAAAAAUAUAUUUUACAUUA